CCAUCCUUCUCCCUGUAUUUCUCAGAUGCUGUUAGUGUCGUCCACAGAGCCUCGUACCCUGAGGAACCGUGAUCCUCCCCAGGUCCAAAGACCACCCACAGACGAAGACAGGCCCAUUGGUCGCACCGUCCCUUUGAGACCAAUGCCUCGUUUGCCAGUCCAAGGUAUGUCUCCUGGCACCAACAAAGCCUGUCCUCUCCUGGUACUCAAGACUCCAAUGCCAACCACAGGCCCAGCCAAAAGACUCCCAGCACCAUCCCAAGUGGUUAGAGUGCCAAACGGCAAAAUCCCUCCACCCCACCAACAGCUUUCUAACACAGCUGGAACCUCCUCCUGCCAGUCUGCUGCAGCAAAAAUACUCACUGCGCCUUCUACAUCCCCACGGCCUGCCUCACAGACCCUGACACCAAUUCCAGGACAAGUUACACCCAGUUCUAGCUCCGGAGCGGUUUUAAAAAAUGUUUGCAAUUCUAUAAAUCAGCCCUCAGAGCAUCACCCCACCACCACCACCACCACCUCUUCUUCAAUGCCAACUUCAUCCAUCUCUGCCGCCAGUAUAUCUCAAGUCCCCAGUACUGCGCCAUCCUGUGUUGCAUCUUCCAGUUUAACCACCUCUAGCAGCUCCUCCACCCGCUCUGUGUCACCACUCUCCACCCCUGCCACAGCAUUUCAUGCCAGGUUUGGUCGCACCAGCAAAUAUUCCACAAAAGACAGUCCUAGGAUGUUUGGCAUCAAGUGCGUAGUGGACUUUGAGAGGAUCUAUCGCUACCUGAGUGUCAUCCACAAACCGAAUGAGGAGUGUAAUCUUACCCCCAUGGAGAGUGCUAUUGUGUUGGACCUGUUGAUGUCUCUCCCAGAGGAGCUUCCGUUGCUGGACUGCAACAAACUGCACAAACAUCUGGUCCAGGUGUACCAAUGUCUCUCAUCCCCUGCUGACUCCAAGAUUGCAAGAGAAAUGUUAAAAGACCUGAAGGGAAGAUUCUGUGCUCAGACCGAGGCACCAAGCUGUCAAGACGGCACCAGAACAAACAGUCAGCAGAAUGCAGCUGGGACUGCUGACAGCAGUGAUACCACGGACAGUGGAGUGCAGAAACUGCAGUCAGAGGAAGCUGAGUGCCAAUCAUCAGGGAACAAUAACACAUCCAACCCAUCAGGAGAUGCAGAUGUGAUGGGACUCUGCCCCCCCCUCAACCCUUUUAUGGUGCCACUGAAACUGUUGAUGCGCAGAUAGAUCAGGGUUCAAAAUUUAGAAUGUAAUUGUUUAUUGAGCAUGCACUAAACCUACGUUCUAUAAUAAUACAUUAUUUUUAUACCCAUUCUAGAGUUGAGAACCAAAUUAUUUGGUUAGAGGUUACUGGGCUUGGGACAGAACCUUAGUAUCUACCAGAAUCUCAACCAUUGAAAGUUGGAAUGAGAUGUCUGGUCAGAUUCAUUGUAUUGUUGACUUAUUUUUUGAUUGGAUAGUUUCUUGUUUAAAUCAGAAUUUAUUCAAUUUUACACUUAUUUAUUUCCUGUUCAUCUGCUUUUGUUAAGACAACAUUAAACUGAUGCAUAAACUGA